AUGAGGAGGACCCCCGCGCAGGAGCCGAAGGACAAAAAGGAGAAGAAGGACAAAAAGGACAAGAAGGACAAGGCGGAGGACGCCCAGGUCGGCAAGGAGCAGGGCAGGCAGGACAACCUGGAGGGCAAGAAGGACAAGGACAAGAAGGAGAAGAAGGAGAAGAAGGAGAAGAAGGAGAAGGACGAUGCGGACAAGAAGGAGAAGAAGGCGAAGAAGGCGAAGACGGAGGGUGGCGGCGACCCAGCGCCCGCCGCCGAUACGGGCGUCCUGCAGGCGCUCUUCGAGGACGACCCCUUCGACGACGACGCGCUGGGCCCCGGCGAAGAAGCCUUGGGCCCGGGCGAGGACGACGAGGCGGCGGGCCCCGGCGACGACGCGGAGCACAAGGACUCUUCUGGGACCAUCUCCCAGUCGGUCGUGAGCUGGUCGGUUCGCUGCCCGGCUUGCCCUGCGUGCCCGCAGCCACCGACGUGCCCGGCCUGCCCAGCGGCGGCGCCGAUCCACGUCCACACGCCGGCGGUCUGCCCAGCGGCCCCUGAGGCGCCCGCGCCUCCCCCGGCGCCCAGCCCGGCCAGCGCCGAGGCGGAGGGCGCGACGUGGGCUGGCAGCUGGCUGGGCCUCGCGCUGGUGGUGGCCAACGUCCUCAUCUUCUCGGUCCACGCGCUGAAGCUCUUCGGGGCCAUCGCCUGGAAGUUCACGCCGAGCCUGACGCCGGCCACGAUCAAGGAUGGCUCAGGAGCCAGCUCCGCCGGGUUUCCGGCAAUGGGUUUGGGUGCACGGCGAGUGUGGGGCCGGGUGACUCAGCAUCCGACUGACCCUCGGUGGUCACCCUUGCGAGUGCUGAUCUCGUCGCCGGACGGCGACGUUUACGAGGAGCUGUACGACCUCUCGGACGGCUCGCUGGCGGCGGUCCGCUUCGAGGAUGACCGCCGCACUCGCCCCGCUGGCCUGGACGCUGGCAACCUCUACAGGUUCAGACGUUCCCUGACGGCGGCCGAGGACGCCUACGCGCGGGACGUGUACCUGGCGGCGGAGCGGGCUGCAGGUCGGGCUGGCGUUGUGCCGCCUGCUGGGGCUGCGUGGGUCUACGUCGAGACCACGACCCUCGCCCGGCGCGGAGACCCAGUCACGGUCGACGGCUCGGAGCUCGUGCGGGGGGCUAUCGGGCUGAAGCAGGGGCCGGACGGAAGCUGGACAGCCAUCCGUCUGAUCUCGACCUCGCAGGUGGCCUACCGUGGCGCCGAGGCUUCAGCAGACGCUCGCCUCCAGCCAGUGGCGUUGUUCAGUGACGGCACGCGCCAGCGGGUGCAGUUCCACGAGAGUGUCGACAGGCUUCGUGAGGAGGCCUUCCCAGACUGGCCGCUCGACGGCCCCAGGACGACGAUGUGGUGCCUUCGGUUCUUGGACACGAAGCGAGGAGGCGCCAUCGAGCAUUUCCAUCAGUUCGUGUCGUACUACAGGUUGUCGCGCGACGACUUCGGAGUGACGCACUGCGAGUCGAUCAUGCGGAUGGUUGACUACUUGAUGACGUGGGACCUCCUGGACUUGCCCAACGCGGUGGGCGUGGAGGUCAUGCUGCGGCAGGCGCAGCUGCAUGAGCACAUGUACGCCAUGGAGUACGAGGCCCGCGACGCCGGCGGCUCUUGGGCUCUGGAGGCGGACUCCCCGCCCGCCUUCAGCGAGUACCAAGGGGGCUUCGCGGACAUGGCCUCCCGCGCUGCAGAUGUAUUUGAGGCCGGCCCACCGCGUCAGCGACGGCAUCGGGAUUUGUUCCCACUCCCACUUCCAGCUGAUGGUGAGCGCAGUUUUGCGGCUACAGCCUCUCCCAUGGUCGUCGACGCCGUCCGCGCCAUGAAUGAGAUGUAUACUGGUUCGUGCUGCCCGCGACCUACUGGACUUGCGAGCCCUACGGUUGCCCAGCAGGAGGCUCAGGCGGUGAUCCAGGAGGCCGUCGACGCCUUCGGAGCGCCCCCGCCCGACCUCUCACCCGCAGGAGCCCUCGAGGAGCUCCGCGUUGCGCAGUCAUGCGACCAGGAGUCCGCCGUGAUUGCGCCGGUGACCUUCGACCGAGUCGAUCUGAUCUCCCUGCCGAGCGCGGGCUCCGAGCCGAAGCCCCUGCCCAUGCUCAUCGGGGACUCGCCCGGCUCCGUGGGGAUGUUCUUCGUGUAUAAGAAGCCAGGGGCCCUGAGGCUCAUCUUGGAUGGUCGUAUCCCGUCUCAGUUGUUUGACGAGCCUUCGAAAGUGAAGUUGGCGACUGGAGCCGCAUUCUCUCAGCUCAGAGUUGACAGCAAGGAGCCAGUGUGUGUCGCGGGUGUGGAUAUUGCUGGCGCAUUUUAUACCAUGCUUCUUCCUCUCUGGCUUCGUCGAUAUUUCGGACUUCCCAAGAUCAGGGCGGGCGAGAUGGGGAUCUCGGUCACCGCCAGCGGGCAGCCUGUGUCGCCAUCGCAGCGGGUGUACCCGUGUUUCAGAUGCCCUCCGAUGGGAUUCAGUCUUAGUCUUUGGCUGUGCCAGACGGUGAACGAGACCGUCUCACGCAGAGCGGGCCUGGUCAGGCCCGAGCGCGUGCUUGUGGAUCGCUCGCCGGCCCCCGUCAUUGACACCGAUGUUGUCCACGCAGAGUACGUUGACAAUUUCGUUGCGCUAUCGUUAUCAGAGGCGUCUGCUAUUGCUGCUGCUCGUCAGGUCGAUCAUCAUCUACGUGCAGUGGGUUUGCCUACUCAUGGGGUGGAGAGCGGCGUGGGCGGGGAGACUCUAGGCUGGCCCUUCGACUCUAACUCGCCCGUGAUCUCGCUCAACCCCCGGCUCAGGUGGAAACUAUACCUUGGGCUCCAGGAGAUCCUCCGACGUGGGCAUUGUUCGGGGAAGGAGAUGGUGAGGAUUGUCUCGCACAUCACAUCCAGGGUGCCCAUUAGGAGGGAGCUUCUCUCGUGCCUGGGUGCCGUCUACAAGUUUGGGGAGAUGCACCGCCGCCGCGUUGCUAAACUUUGGCCAGUCGUCCGUCGAGAACUUCGUUGGGCCCGGGCUCUUCUCAUCCCCUGCAACGGGGACCUCGGGCUGCCCUUCGACGCCGCCCUCGCCUGCCUGGAUGCGUCGUCCCGGGGCUUCGGGGUCGCGCAGCGGGAGGUCUCUGAGGACUCGGUCAAGAACUUGGCCAAGUAUAACGAGCGCUGGCGUUUUUCUCGGGAAGCUGAGCGUCUACGUCUUGGUCCUCGGGCCGCUGCAGUUCCAGGCUUGAGUUCCCCAGAGCCAGCCCCCGCGGGGGCCGAGGUCUUCGAUGAGGGCCCUGUCUUCGAGGAGGUCCCGGCCGACAUCUGGAGGGGCCGCUGGCGCCGGGUCCUCUCGGUGCCCUGGCGGCGCCCAGCUCCGCAGGUCAUCCUGGAGGCUCGGGCGGGCGCGAUGGCGCUUAAGCACAAACUCCGCUCGAAGAGGUCCUUUCGGAAAGCUCACGCGAUGCUGAGCGAUGCUAUGGCGCCCAUUUUGGCUCUGGCGAAGGGUCGGUCUUCGGCGCCCGCCCUCCUUGCAGUCUGCCGGCAAGUGGCCUGUCUGUUGCUGGCCUCGGGCUCGGCGGCGCGCUGGAGGCGGCUGCCGUCUGAGUUCAACUCGGCCGACCCGGCGUCGCGGAACCGGCCUGGCGCCAGGCCUGAGGCGUGGUAUGCUCCAGCGGUCGUCACCCCAGAGAGCGCCCGCUGCCGGGCCAGCCUGGCGGCUUUGUCGCGGGGAGACCAGGCAGCCCGUCGGGUCCCCCGGGGGCUUGCCUUCCCGGCUGCUGCGAUGACAGCGGCUACAGGCGUGCUGACCUUCUUGGAGACGCAGGCUGUCGGGGAGGCGACCCGCCGGGACUACGAGGCCAGGGUCUCGAAGUUCGAGACGUGGGCGUCCUCGGUCCAGCUGCCGAUCAGCGACGCGACCGAGAUGGACUCAGCGCUGGUGACGUUCUUCAACCAGCUCUUCUUCGACGGCUACCCGAGCGAGGAGGCGACGAAGUACAUGGCGGCGCUGGCGCACCUCCGAGCCGCGCCGGGCAGGCUGCAGGUGGCCUUCCCUCGAGUCGCUCGCGCGGCCAAGGGCUGGGCCCGGCUAGUGCCGGCGCGCUCGCGGCUCCUACUGCCGUGGCCGAUCGCUUGCCUCACGAUCGAUUGGAUGCUGAACGUCGGCGAGGCGAUCGCGGCCGCGGCGACGGCGGUCUGCUUUGCGCUCUACCUUCGCCCGGCAGAGCUGCUGAGCCUGAAGCGCGAGCAGGUGAUUCCGCCGGCCGAGGGCGCCCCGUCGGGUCAGACCUUCCUCAACUUCUGGUCGGUAGUCCUGCGCCCGAUGGAGAGCCUCCAGCCGUCGAAGACGGGCGUCUACGACGAGGGCCUCUUCCUGGACAGCCCAGAGUUCACCUGGCUGCCAAGGCUGCUCCAGGCCCUUCGGGCUCGGACGGCGCCAGGCGGCCGCAUCUUCGAGCUGAGCUACAACCAGUGGGCCCUGGUGUUCAGGCGCGCGGCGGCCGCCCAGCGCCUCGACUACCUCUCAAAGUGCAGGAGUCUCGACGAGAUCAAGAAGAGAGGGAGGUGGGUGUCGGACUCGCCCCUUCGACGCUGCACCAAGGGCGGCUGCGUCGCGGAGCAGCUGCGGCGCCCCCCGGUCGCCGAGCAGCGCUGCGCCACGCGCCUGGUCGGCAACAUUGGCGUGUCUGCCAAGGCCGGCUGGCCGCCUUCGAGCUUGACAUCAAGCAUGAUCCUGAGUCAGACCUUCUGCAACGCCGAGUGCAGCAACUCCUUCGAGGUUGGCUCCGCUCCGCUCUGA